AAAGAAAUCUAGCAAGCAAUCAAAACUCCUGCAUCAGAGAGAAAAAAAGGGAGUCACUUUUUUCUUGUAGCAAUCCUGUGGUUUACCAUUUUUCAACCAACAAGGAAAAACAAAACCCUGUGGUUUUUAUUAACGUAGCCCACUCCGUCUUUCCAUCAAUCACAUAAACAAACACUCAGCACGGCCUCAAAAAAUUUCAAACGCCCAAAACCAAGAAACCCCGCUGAUUUAUUUAUUUUUGCUUCUUUUUUUUUGUGGGCGCUUAGCUUUCUGAUACGGUUCAAAAGUGGUUCGUUAUUUUCUCUGGUCAGCUUUCUUGUCUGGGCUCUAGCAUGAGGCUUGCCAAGGAAGAACUGUCUAUGGCUGAACAAGUCAUUGAUUUAAUUUCAGCAGUGAAAGAGUUACACGGUCUUAGCUCUCAGGAGCUUAACAAAUUGUUAAGGGACUCUGAAAAUUUUACAAUUCACUUUCAUUCUGAAAAGGGAUCAACGACAAAGAUUGAUGUGGAAAAACUGGCAGGCUUUCUUCCUUUACACCUUAUUGCAGUGCUUAUGUCAUCUGAUAGAGAUGAAUCGCUGUUGAGAUAUUUGUUGUGCGGGAUUCGGCUUUUGCAUUCCUUGUGUGAUCUAGGACCUCGGAACAGUAAACUUGAGCAGGUUUUGCUUGAUGAUGUUAAAGUAUCAGAGCAGCUGCUGGAUCUGGUGUUUUAUUUACUAAUUGUUCUUAGUGGUUAUAGACAGGAAAACCUUAAUUCAUGCUCUUUGUUACUUGUGCAUUCAGCACUUGUAGCAUCCAGUCUACAUUUAUUGUCAGGAUGUAUAUCUUCACAAUGGCAAGAUCUUGUUCAAGUAUUGCUUGCUCACCCCAAGGUUGACAUAUUUAUGGAUGCAGCUUUUGGUGCUGUUCAUGUAGCCAUUAGGUUUCUUCAGGUCAAGCUAUCAGAUCAACAUACUGGCCUUCAUGUGAAAAGUCCAACAGCUGAACAAAUAGUUAAAUAUAUCUGCCAGCAAUGUGAGGCUUCUUUACAGACUCUUCAGUCAUUGUGCCAGCAAAAGAUGUUCCGCGAGCGCCUUCUUAGGAACAAGGAACUAUGUGGAAGGGGAGGUGUUCUUUUUCUGGCCCAGGCCAUCUUGAAGUUAAACAUCACGCCUCCUUUUGUAGAUUCUUUCACAGUUGUAGCUGCAGUAUCUAGACUGAAGGCUAAAGUAUUAUCGAUUCUAUUGCAUCUGUGUGAAGCAGAAAGCAUUUCUUACCUUGAUGAGGUUGCAAGCUCUCCAUGGAGCCUUGAUUUGGCAAAGUCUGUAGUAUUAGAGAUUCUUGAAUUACUGAAGGCUGCACUUAGCAAAGAUCCCAAUCAUCUUAGUCCAUGUUCAGACAGAACUUUUCCCAUGGGGCUUUUGCGACUCAAUGCAAUGCGUCUGGCUGAUAUCUUCUCAGAUGAUUCAAAUUUUAGAUCUUAUAUCACAACAUGCUUUACCAAAGUUCUGACUGCUAUAUUUUCGCUCCCUCAUGGAGAUUUUUUAUCAAUUUGGUGUUCUUCUGAAUUUCCACCAAGAGAAGAAGAUGGUACUCUGGAGUAUGAUGCAUUUACAGCAGCUGGGUGGUUUUUGGACACAUUUGCAGCAGCAAACCAAUCAAAUGCAAUAAAUUUAGAAGUCACUUUAAUUCCCAGCAACAUGCCCCAAGCUAUGUAUGCACAUCAGAGAACUUCAUUAUUUGUGAAGCUAAUUGCCAACCUCCACUGUUUUGUUCCAAACAUAUGUGAAGAGCAGGAAAGAAACUUGUUCCUUCAUAAGUUUCUGGAGUGCAUGCGGAUGGACCCAUCUAAGUCAUUGCCUGGGUUUUCCUUUACUUCUGGUGCUCUAAGAGCCGUAACAGUUUGCAGGAACCUUCGUUCAUUGUUAAGUCAUGCAGAGUCUCUAAUUCCUAACUUUUUGAAUGAGGAGGAUGUACAGCUGCUAAGGGUAUUCUUUAACCAGUUACAAUCACUGAUUAAUCCUACUGAUUUUGAAGAAAACCAAGUUCAAGAAAUCAAAUCUGAGAGGUCAAUGUCUUUGGAUAAGUUCUCUAGACUUACUAUUGAUGAGCAUCUUCAGGAAGCUCAAAGCACUGGGGCAUACGGAUCACCUAUGGUGAUGAAGGAACCUUCACAUCUUUACAACAGGACAGAUAUCCAAAAAGAGGAAAUGUCAGAGAAUACAGCUAUCCAAGAAGAGGAGAAGCCCAGUUUCAAAAAUAGGAAUCAAGCACAAGAUGCAAUUAAGGAAGACAAAGCUAAACCUGGUGCAUGUGUAUCUGAUGUUUUAAGAGAGAUUGAUAGAGAUGCUCAUACUGUUGAAACAAGUGGUUCGGAUACAAGUUCCACUAGAGGGAAGACUUAUGCAGGUCAAGUGGUGAAUGGUGACUUCCUAAAAUCAAGUGAGCAUAUAAAACGAAAUGGUUGUCAGGGAGUUUGUGGUGGUGAGAAAGUUGAAAGUCCUCGUUUUGAAGAAAAGCAGCCAAGAAAAAGGAAGCGGACUAUUAUGAAUGACCAUCAAAUCACACUUAUGGAGAAAGCCCUGCUAGAUGAACCUGAGAUGCAGAGAAAUGCAGCAGCGUUACAGUCAUGGGCUGAUAAAUUGAGUCUUCAUGGAUCAGAAGUUACACCUUCACAACUGAAAAAUUGCUUCUUAUACAGGGUAGGAGUAAACCACAGGUGUCCAAGAACACUUGGUAAAAGGGCAUUUUAUUUUUCACAUAUUGGGUUACAAGAUUUAUUGAUGCAAACUCUGAAAAGAUUGAGGCUCAACAAUCGCAAAGCGAGGUUAGCUCGUGCAGGCAAGGAUGUCCGUGCACCAAUGGAGGUUGAUAAUACAUUUCCAGAAAAACAAGUUGGACAAGCGCAGCGGCAGGACACACCUGAGAGCCCCAGUGAAGACAACAUCACAUCGAGUGCAAGAGGCCUUCAAAACACAUCAGAAAUUGGCGUGUUUGGAGAUCCCGAGGCUGGGAUAGGAUUGGCAGACUUUGUUGACAUUGGUGCUUCAGAAUUUGUUCAGUGCAAGCCAGGGCAGUUUGUUGUGCUUGUAGACGGGCAAGGAGAAGAGAUUGGUAAGGGAAAGGUAUAUCAGGUGCAAGGCAAAUGGUAUGGAAGGAUAUUGGAGGAAUCAGAGAUGUGUGUCGUGGAUGUUACAGAGCUCAAGACUGAGAAAUGGGUGAGGCUUCCAUACCCAUCCGAAACCACAGGCAUGUCAUUUUAUGAAGCUGAACAGAAGAUUGGGGUGAUGAGAGUGUUGUGGGAUUCGAACAAAAUAUACAUGUCACGACCUCAAUGCUAGGUUCUUUUUUUUGCUAGAAUGUAGUGCUAGUGGCUGGCUACCAGCGGCAUCGUUCUUUCUAUUAAGUUCCCAACCAUAAGCAGGUUCAGGUUCUGAAGUUUA